AUGUUCAUAACAAACCAAGAAGGUGGAAGAUAUACCGGUUCACCUGGAGUCACUUUGUCUGUCACAGGUCUCCAGGUGAUAUCACAUUCUAACAGGCUGGAGUGUCGGAGCAGUUGUCGUCUACCUAAUAGUCCUUCCUAUGUCUGGUACAAGAAUGGACAGGAAAUUCAGGCACAAACAUCUUAUUAUUUAAACAAAUUAAAUAAAGACAGCUAUUCCUGUGCUCUUCAAGGAUAUAAGGAUUUCCCCUCUCCUUCAGUGUGUGUCCAAGGUGAAUCCUGCAACAGAGUGACGUACACUGACAGAAGCAUCUGUGCCUCCAAAGGCUCUUCAGUGAACAUUUCUUGCUUGUACAACAGCUACAAUUAUCCUGACAAAUCAACAUUGUGGUUCAGUCGUGAGCGUAAUCAUGGAGGGCAGAAUCCUCCCCAGCCUGGAGACCUUAGUACAGACUCCCAGUAUACAGGUCGUGUUCAUGUUGAAACAGAGAGAGGAUUCUCCACUCUGAGAAUCUCUGACCUGAGAGAGAGAGACUCAGCUGAGUAUCACUUCAAGUUCAGAACACCAAGAUUUGAAUGGAGUAGUUUACCUGGAACAACUCUGACUGUCACAGCUCUGCAGGUGCAGGUGAUCAGAGUCUAUCAGUCUCAGACCUAUGCAGAGCUGAAGUGUCACAGCAGCUGCAGUCCAGCUGGUGGUCUCUCCUACGUCUGGUUCAAGAACAGAGAACACAUUACCUCGGUGGAGACAUCUACUUAUACAACCAGGUUUAAUCUCACAGACGUCUUCUCCUGUGCGUUGAAAGGACAUGAGAAGUUCCCCUCUCCUUCAGUGUUGAUACAGGGUCAGGAUGGCUGGGGAGUGACUUACACCUCUACUCAGAUCUGUGCUGUUAAAGGAUCAACAGUGGAAAUACACUGCAGCUACACAUACCCAUACUGGUGGAAAGGCAGUGAUACUAGAGUUGAGAGAAGAUUAUGGUUUACUAAAAAGAUUAAUAAUGAACCUGUAGAUCUGACAACAGACUCAGAAUAUUCAGGUCGUGUGCAGUACAGUUAUAAAAACAAGGACUGCACUCUGAGAAUCUCAGACCUGAGAGAGAGAGACUCAGCUGUGUACGAGUUCAGGUUCAUAACAAACCAAGAAGGUGGAAGAUAUACCGGUUCACCUGGAGUCACUUUGUCUGUCACAGCAGGUCUCCAGGUGAUAUCACAUUCUAACAGGCUGGAGUGUCGGAGCAGUUGUCGUCUACCUAAUAAUCCUUCCUAUGUCUGGUACAAGAAUGGACAGGAAAUUCAGGCACAAACAUCUUAUUCUUUAGACCCUGUGUAUAAUUCAGACAGCUAUUCCUGUGCUCUUCAAGGAUAUAAGGAUUUCCCAUCUCCUUCAGUGUGUGUCCAAGGUGAAUCCUGCAACAGAGUGACGUACACUGACAGAAGCAUCUGUGCCUCCAAAGGCUCUUCAGUGAACAUUUCCUGCUUGUACAACAGCUACAAUUAUCCUGACAAAUCAACAUUCUGGUUCAGUCGUGAGCGUAAUCAUGGAGGGCAGAAUCCUCCCCAGCCUGAAGACCUUAGUACAGACUCCCAGUAUACAGGUCGUGUUCAUGUUGAAACAGAGAGAGGAUUCUCCACUCUGAGAAUCUCUGACCUGAGAGAGAGAGACUCAGCUGAGUAUCACUUCAAGUUCAGAACACCAAGAUUUGAAUGGAGUAGUUUACCUGGAACAACUCUGACUGUCACAGCUCUGCAGGUUCAGGUGAUCAGAGUCUAUCAGUCUCAGACCUAUGCAGAGCUGAAGUGUCACAGCAGCUGCAGUCCAGCUGGUGGUCUCUCCUACGUCUGGUUCAAGAACAGAGAACACAUUACCUCGGUGGAGACAUCUACUUAUACAACCUGGUUUAAUCCCACAGAUGUCUUCUCCUGUGGGUUGAAAGGACAUGAGAAGUUCCCCUCUCCUUCAGUGUUGAUACAGGGUCAGGAUGGCUGGGGAGUGACUUACACCUCUACUCAGAUCUGUGCUGUUAAAGGAUCAACAGUGGAAAUACACUGCAGCUACACAUACCCAUCCAGAAUAAAUGCUACAGUUGAGAGAACAUUCUGGUUCACUAAGUUGCAGGAUGAAGAGCCUGUGGAUCUGAGAACAGACUCAAAGUAUUCAGGUCGUGUGCAGUACAGGUGUCAUGAGAAGAGCUGCACUCUGAGAAUCUCAGACCUGAGAGAGAACGACUCUGAUGUGUACAAGUUCAGGUUCACAACAAACCAAGAAAAUGGAAAAUAUACCGGUUCACCUGGAGUCACUUUGUCUGUCACAGGUUUCCAGGUGCAGAUACAUGGAUCAAAAUCCUGCAGAGUUGAAACCUGUACAUGGGCAGAGUUGAAGUGUCACAGCAGUUGUAGCCUACCUGGUCCUUCUUCCUACAUCUGGUACAAGAAUGGAGAGAAAAUAAAUAAAGAAACAUCUUCUUAUUCAGACUACUUUUAUCCUCCUGACAGCUAUUCCUGCGCCCUUAAUGCAUAUAAGGAUUUCCCCUCUCCUUCAGUGUGUGGCCAUGGACAUUCAUGCAACAGAGUGACAUACACUGACAGAAGCGUCUGCGCCUUCAAAGGUUCUUCAGUGGACAUUUCUUGCACUUACAAAAGUUUUAACUCUAUCACAUCUACAUUCUGGUUCAGUCCUGAACGUAGUCGUCGUUGGCAGAAUCCUCCCCAGCCUGAAGACCUUAGUACAGACUCCCAGUAUACAGGUCGUGUUCAUGUUGAAACAGAGAGAGGAUUCUCCACUCUGAGAAUCUCUGACCUGAGAGAGAGAGACUCAGCUGAGUAUCACUUCAAGUUCAGAACACCAAGAUUUGAAUGGAGUAGUUUACCUGGAACAACUCUGACUGUCACAGAUCAAGAUCUGCAGGUGCAGGUGAUCUGGUCUUCGACUGGUCCAAAGCUGAUUUGUCACAGCAGCUGUCUUACUGACCACUCUUCCUUCCUUUGGUACAAGAAUGAAACAAUGAUUCAGGAAGAAACAUCUCCUUCUUACGGAGGUCACGUUGAUCCUGCAGACAGCUAUUCCUGUUCUUACCAGAGAUACCGCUCCACUCCAGUGUAUGCUCCGAAACCUUUCUCUGUGUCGAGGACUCCCCCUGGUGACAUUAUGAAGAAUGAUUUAGUGACUCUGACCUGUAGCAGUGAUGCUAACCCAGCAGCUAAAUACACCUGGUACAAGGGGAACCAAACACUGAUCAGUGAAGGACCACAGCUCGUCUUCAGCUUCAUCCAGUCCUCUGACUCUGGACAGUAUUACUGUACAGCUCAGAAUGAGCUCGGGAAGAGGACAUCUGAAGCUGUAUUCAUUAAUGUGAAUUAUGCUCCAAAGGUUCCCUCUGUGUCAGUGAGUCCCUCUGCUGAGAUAGUGGAGGGCAGUUCAGUGACUCUGACCUGUAGCAGUGAUGCUAACCCAGCAGCUAACUACACCUGGUACAAGGAGAACCAAACACUGCUUCAAGGACCAGAGAGCAUCUAUCAUUUCCCCUCCGUCAGCUCUGAGGACAGAGGGAACUACCACUGCAAGUCUGAGAAUCAGUUUGGACGGACCAACUCUACGUCUCUACUCUUAGAUGUCCAGUAUGGUCCAAAGCUUCCCUCUGUGUCAGUGAGUCCCUCUGCUGAGAUAGUGGAGGGCAGUUCAGUGAAUCUGACCUGUAGCAGUGAUGCUAACCCAGCAGCUAAAUACACCUGGUACAAGGAGAAUGAAGACUCACCAAAAGCAUCAGGACAGAUCUUCACCAUCACUGACUUCAGAGCUGAACACAGUGGGAAUUAUUACUGUGAAGCCCAGAACAGAAGAGGAGGUCAGCACUCCACCUUACAUCUGAUUGUUGUAGCAGGUGCAUGGAAAUCAGCAGCUACAGGAACAAUCACUGCUGUUCUCCUGGUUAUCCUACUCCUCGCCGCCUUCCUGUGGAUCAGAAGAAAAAAGAAGUCUGUCACACAACAGUCUAAUGGUGGAGAGAGACCUGACAACAGAGCACAGAUAAACAUGGGUCCAGCUGCAACACAGAGACAACCAGCAGAACGGGAAGAUGAGCUUAACUACUCCGUCAUCAGCUUCCCUCAGAACCAGGAAGACGCUCUCUACUCCAACAUCAGGCCACCUCGGCCCCGCAGGCACACAGAGGAGCAGGACGAUGGUGUUGAUUACACCACUGUCAAAACUGAGAAUGCCAGUAGCACCCCAGGAACAAGACGUCAAGACGAUGGGGAGGAUGUAUUUGCACUGUACAGCACGGUCAACAAAAAUCAACAUUGAUUUGUGGUCUGUUAUUUAUUUUUCUAUGCACCAUGUUUAAGCAGUUAGCCAUGGUUAGAAAUAUUGUGCAUUCCUCAGGACAGACAUGGCCAAGUGCAGCAUAAGGCUGUAGAAAAACAUAUGUGGGUUGUGUAAAAAUUGGUUUAUUUGCUCAUUGUUCUUUUAAGGGUUGGUUAACCCAAAUUACAAAAACAGACAUUUUCUCACUUACCCCUGGUAUCUAACCAAUGACAUUUCUUUGUACUUGUCCACCAUAGACUGUUAAU